UGCACAUACAGGCAGAGGCACACAUCCAUCGCAUUGACAGCGAUUGACAGUUCAUUUACGACCAUUUACGACUAACCUACAUAUUAUUCCUUCGAACUAGUAUAUAAAAUUAUUGAAGUUAAGGGACUACAGUUCACAAUGUCAAUGUACGAGGGUGUUAGAUUGAUAUCCGACAAGCUUACGGUUGUUUUUGAUAUUGGAAGUGCGUAUACUAAAUAUGGAUUUACUGGGGAAUCCGUACCUCGGGGUAUAAUAAGGACAGAGGUCAGAUGUCCAGAAACACCAAAAAUUAGAAAAGUUUUUCUUUAUGAAGAUGCUGAUGACUUGUAUCAACUUCUAGUUGAGUUCAUCCAUUUACUCUUUUUCAGGCAUGUUGCUGUCAGCCCAAAAGAUAUCAAAGUUAUUGUUGUAGAGUCUAUAUUAACUCCAAUAGACUUCCGAAACACUCUGGCAAAAGUGCUUUUCCGUCACUUUGAAAUCGGUUCUUUGAUGCUUGUGCCAUCUCACCUUGUAGCUGUGAGUACGUUAGGAAUUUCUACUGCUCUGGUGUUAGAUGUGGGAUAUAAAGAGGCCACUUUAAUCCCAGUUUAUGAAGGUGUGCCAGUCUUGAAGGCAUGGCAAGCAUUACCAUUAGCAGGUCAAGCUGUCCAUGGAUUUAUUAAAGAGGAAUUGCAAGAUGUGCUGGUUGAUGGGGAUGUUGAUGAAAAGAUACUUGAAGAUAUCAAAGUGAGAACAUGCUUUGUCACCACUUUGGAAAGAUCUGCCAAGUUAGGUACUGUGGAGGCUCCGGUAGCUCCACCUUCGGUCAGUUAUCCCGGAGUCAAAACAGUAACCAUUCCGGGAACUGUACGAGAAAAAGCUUUCGAAUUAUUGUGGGAGCGAGAUAACGACAAUUUGAGUAUACCAACUAUGAUAUUGGAUGCUAUAGUAAAAUGCCCUGUCGAUAUGAGACGACCACUUGCAGAAAACAUAUUGCUUAUUGGAGGAACAACAAUGAGUAAAGGAUUUUUGCCACGGUUAAAGUCUGAGCUCAUAGCUCUCUUGGAAAGCAACUUAUACUCGGAUAAGUUGAAACUGAAGACAUUUAAGUUUCACACAGCACCUUGUAAGCCUAAUUACACAGCAUGGCUUGGUGGUGCUAUAUUUGGCAUCACAGAUCUCCCAUUAAGAUGUCUGACUAAAGAAAAUUACUUAAAAUUAAACCGAGUCCCAGAUUGGGCAAGUUUGAUUGACAACCAAAAACCUGAUACGAUUAGAAAUAUUGUAUGAAUAUUUCCCGAAAGGAGGUAAUAGAUAGAUCAGCAAUCUUAUAAUUUCAAUGGUAGCUGUGGUAUUAUUACUGUUGUUUUCCCGCUAAUCUGUGUAUACAGAGAUCAGUGUCUUUAUUCUGACUGCGCUAAAUAAUGGAAAUAAUACCCGUGGGUUGUAUAAGCAAAAUCGAAUCAAACCAUUUGAAAUACCUUGUAUUAUAUCAGUUUACUUUAUAUUUAUAAUUUGUGUACUAAAAGAAAAAAAACUAAAUACAUCGUUCAUUCAUAUAUUA